GUAAGUGUUGGCAUGGGUAUGUGCAUGAUGGCGGUGAGGUGUCCAACUUGGAGCAAUUCUCUGGCUCGAUCUUUAGUCAUGUUGGAAGGACCAGGUCAGGUACGAGCCUGCCACAGUGGGAGUAUGCCUGUUGCAAAAGACACACUAUUUCCAGCAAGCAGCUCCACCGUAAGACCCUUCAGUGAGAUUCCUGGAUUGUGGAAGAACAGCAUAGGAAGCCUCUACAACUUUUGGAAACUUGAUGGAUUCAAAAAUAUCCAUCACAUAAUGGUGCAUAACUUCAACACAUUUGGGCCCAUUUACAGGGAGAAAAUUGGUUACUAUGAAAGUGUGAAUAUUAUCCACCCUGAGGAUGCUGCUAUCUUAUUCAAAGCAGAGGGUCACUACCCUAAAAGGCUUAGAGUGGAACCUUGGACAUCCUAUCGGGAUUUUAGGAAUCGCAAAUAUGGCGUCCUUCUGAAAGAUGGAGAAGACUGGCGAUCCAACAGAGUCAUUCUGAACCGGGAGGUAAUCUCACCGAAGGUGCAGGGGAACUUUGUGCCAUUGCUGGAUGAGGUGGGCCAUGACUUUGUGGCUCGAGUUCACAAAAAGAUUGAAAGAAGUGGACAAAAUAAAUGGACCACGGAUCUGUCACAUGAACUUUUCAAGUACGCACUGGAAUCUGUGAGUGCAGUAUUAUAUGGUGAACGUCUGGGGCUGCUGUUGGACUACAUUGAUCCAGAGGCUCAGCACUUUAUUGACUGCAUCACUCUCAUGUUUAAGACCACCUGUCCCAUGCUUUACAUCCCCCCUUCAAUGUUAAGAUGGUUUGGAGCCAAGGUCUGGAAAGACCAUGUGGAAGCAUGGGAUGGUAUUUUUAAUCAGGCGGACCACUGUAUACAGAACAUCUACAGGCAGCUCAGGAAGGAAUCUGGAGCUCAAAAUAAAUAUCCUGGGGUGCUGGCCAGCCUUCUCAUGCUUGACCGACUGUCCAUUGAGGAAAUCAAGGCCAGUGUGACUGAGCUCAUGGCUGGAGGGGUGGACACGACAUCUAUCACCCUCCUCUGGACCCUCUAUGAACUGGCACGGCACCCUGACCUCCAGGAAGAGCUAAGGGCGGAGGUCAUUGAAGCUCGUGCUGCCUCACAGGGAGACACACUGCAGAUGCUCAAAAUGGUGCCACUGCUCAAAGGUGCUUUAAAAGAGACACUCAGGUUACACCCUGUAGCAGUAAGCCUGCAAAGAUACAUCACUCAAGAUGUUGUGAUCCAAAAUUACCAUAUUCCAUCUGGGACAUUAGUGCAGCUGGGACUGUAUGCCAUGGGUAGGAACUAUCGCAUCUUUCCCCGACCAGAGCAAUAUCUGCCUUCUCGCUGGCUAAGAAAUGAAAGCCACUACUUCAGGAGUUUGGGUUUUGGCUUUGGGCCUCGUCAAUGCCUUGGGCGCAGGAUCGCAGAGACAGAGAUGCAGCUCUUCCUCAUCCAUAUGUUGGAGAACUUCAGGAUUGAGAAGCAGAGACAACUAGAAGUGAGGAGCACAUUUGAGCUUAUACUGGUCCCUGAGAAACCCAUCCUGUUAACUAUAAAGCCUCUACACAGCAGUAAAUAACAAACUCCUUCUAGAAGCUACGACAAAACACUGACUCAGCUCUCAGAAGAUGUAUUUCAACAUUUGUGUUCUCUAUAAAUAAGCUACUAGAACUAGACACAAACCUGUUUACUCAAAGUACGGAUGCAGGCCUCCGCUCUCUCUAGCUGAUCCAACAGUCUUAGCUUCUCAUUGUCUGGAAAAUGCUGCUGGAUUUAAAUAGAAGAACAUUGAUUAACAAAUAAUGGUGUUGUCUAAUUUAAUUAUAUUAGCAAAUUGUA